UCUGCUUCAACUUUAUGUGAUUUAAUUGAAUAUCUUAUAAUCCAGGCUGCACUUUUUCAUUCACGCUUUGAAAAAUUUUCAAAUCGGAUCUGUAUUGAGUUUUUUUUCUCCUUUCACAUAAUUGUUGUUUAUUUUGAUUUUUCCUCUUUUGUCUUUUUCAGCCCGAGCAAUACGGCUUUGACGUCGACGGAACAGGUCAAAGCUUAUUUGCAGACGGAAGGAACUUGUAAAUGUGGCCUCGAAUGCCCUGUAAACUGUGAUGUUACAUUCAACUUUAGUCCCAAGGUUUCAACCAGACCAUGGACAGCCCCUGUGAUAGGGCCUGGCGACCUGACUAAAUUAUGCAACCAUAAGAGGAAACUUUUAACACAGCCUUCUACAGAAAGUGUAGAUAGUAGAUAUGGCGAUGGAAUUGUUAGGAAGAAAAGGAAAGUCUGUGUACCUCAGCCGUCUGUUUCUCAGCUUUUGUCUCAAAGAGAACAAGCUGCAAAGGAACAACUGUCUUUUAAUGGCCUACCAUGGAGGGAAAAUAGUCAGCAAUUUGCUAAAACGACACUUACUAAUGGUUACCAAGAAGAGUACAGGUAUCAGGAUUCUAAUUCGGUCCAAUACCAAAGACUUCAUGAAGGGCCGAGAUGCCCACCGCAACAGAUUGGCAUGGCUCCUGUAGUAAACGACCACCUUCUUCAAACAGCACAAUCAAAUAGUAUACAACAGGUGAAUUUUGAACAGAGGCUGGCAUAUACUCAGGGUAUUCAAACUUAUGAAGGAAAAUUAAAUAAAAGCACCAGGGGAGACUUUUCACAACUUCAAGAAGUUAUAAACAAUGUGGUUCCUGCAGGCACUCAAAACCUGAAUGUAAAUCGAACGCCUCCUUGGCAGCAGAACAAGCAGCAGCAAAACAAUGUUUAUGAAAGGGUGCCUCCUCUUCAUCCCAAUUCCACAGUCCCUGCAUGGAAUCAAGAUUUUAAAAGAAAACAGCAUCGUAUAAUUAAAAAGAGAUAUUCUGAUGAUUGUCCAAAUGGAGAAAAUAGAAGUUCCUCUGAACAGCCUAGUUUCAUGGAAGAUCCUAGUGGAUAUUUGGCACAACAGACAGCGCUAUUAAACAGCACUAUAUCUAGGCAGAAUGCCAACAGCCCGUCUGUUGAAGGCAUUCCACUCGCUAGUAAUAUAAAUAAGUCAUAUUCUCGACCAAAGUCAAGAAAUACUGUUACUAGUCGUUUUCCAGAUUCUUCUUUAGAAAGGAAGAAAGUUGAAGAGCCGAGCUCGACACUACCUGAAAAACAAGAUGACCGUGGUCCCAUUCAAGGGGCUACAGUCAGUACAAGCAAUAGGAGUCCUCCAGAAUCUACCUCGCCUGACACUGUCACUACCAUUGUCACCACAAUGGCAUCAGGUCACACAGCGAGUAGUAACACAAUUACUUCCGUUUUGGCUGGCAGGGCGAAUACAGCAACUGUCACAGUUAAUAAUCAGACUGCACCACCACAAAAGCAAAACUCUGUAGAGCAGCCUUCUGCAUCUCCUAAUAGUUUAAUGCAAAAUUCUAUUCCACAAGAAGUAAUUAAAAACUCAGGGCAUAUUCUCGUUUCAAGUAAUGGGCAGCUUAUUGUUACAAAUUCAAUGUUGUCGCCACAACCCGCUGUCCAAAAAAUCAAUACGACAAGCCCUGGGACCAAUCAGAUUGGAGUGACUUCUCAAGUUUUAAACCACCCCACAGUUCUUGUCAAUACACUUCCUGGUCCACUACUACUUCAACCCAGUGUUGUUGUUGAUGGUUUGAAUACUAUGCAGAUACCUCAGCUUGUCGGUAAUGUGGCCAUGCAACAAAAUCAAGUUAUCGAGGAAACAAAUUUGCUUUCCCCUGAUUCUAAGAGGAAGGCAGUUUACAAGAAAAGAAAAAUGUCUCCAACUGUUGGUUCUAUGUUAUUGUCUCCUCAAGGCACAAAUAACGUUAUGGUACAGCAGCAACAGCUGAACGCACCAGUCUUACAAGCUGUGACUCUCGUACCCAGUAAAACCAAUUUUGCCAGUACUCAGCAGUUAAUAGCAGCUAAUAUGUUACAACCAUUAAAUUUAGUUCAGAACUUUCCAAUCCAACAGUUCAUCGUCCCAGCAGGAGUUAGUGGGAUGGUCAUGUCUGAUGGCACAAUUCUUCAAGAUGCUGUUCAACUCAAUCUCCUCACGCCGGUUCAAAACACAGGAGUGUACACAAGUGGGCAGAAUCUCAUUACACCAGGAAUGGUGAUUAGAACUCCAAGUAAUCAAACAGCAAACAAAGUUGUACCUAACAACCAAUUUCUAAGUUCAUCGAAUCAGUAUUUGGUGAACAACACUUUCAGUGGACAGUUGAGUCCAAUGCUUAGUGUCAGCCCUAAUCCAUGCUCUAGAAAUCAAGAAUUCAUACCACAGAAUGUAGUCGUACAACAGCCCAAUACUUCAAAUACAACAGUUGUUCAACAGAAUACAACAAUUGUUCAACAAACAACAAUGGUGUCGAAUCAGCAGACUCAGCCCACUCCAACUCUCAACUUGAACCACCAGAACUUCAUAUUGAAUGAAAAACCGAAUUUCAUAUUAACUUCAGAAAAGCAGAACUUUAUUCUCAGCCCCAACAAUGACAAGAUUUUGAUCAACUCUGACAACAUGAGAGGAAAUUUUGUCUUGGGCAAUAUUGACAAACAGAAUUUUGUCCUUAAUAACGUCGACAAACAAAAUUUGAUAAUCAACAACAUAGAUAAAGGUUUCAUUAUAGAUAAGAAGAAUUCGGUUUCGACCCAGACACAGAACCAGGUGUUGCAAAUAUCAUCAACUCCGGCCUUGGUAGUUGCAACGAACAACACCCUUUGCCAGAAGCCGGCGUUUUCAGAAAGUCCUCCUGAUACGACUACACUCAGCCCAGUUGAUCAGGAAGUCACCACUUCUCUACAGCCGACCUCUCCAGACGAACCAUCGUCCCAAUCCUUGCCGAUGGUCCACUGCAUUUCAAGCAGUAGUCAACAAGCUGAAGGAUUCCUUGAUAACUACAAUGGUGGAACAGGAAAAAUAGGAAAUUUUGCAGAGUCUACUUGCAUACCAGUUCACUCUCUGCAGGGUAAAAAUAAUUUUAAUAGCAAGAUGAGCUUACUCAAUGUUCCUGAUAGUGUACAUAUUCCUAACAAUGAAAAUGAGAUGUACUUGAAAGAAAGUGAUUAAUGACUUUUUCAACUGAGGCCAUACAUAAUUUAGGAGAUGUCACUUUUUCAUUUGAUAUUUCAAUCAUUUUAAAUUUUGUUAGAACAAAAGCUUUUUAAAAAGCAAAACAACUGUUUUAAAAGCAAACGAAUACAGGAAUUUCCUAUUCUGAAUGGAAUUCAAACAAUAACAAACCAAUAGAUUUUAUUGCUACUAAGUUAUAUUUUUUUAUUGUAUUAAUGUUAAAAAAAUAGCAUUAUACUUGAUCUAAUACUAUUAAAUGUGGUAGUGGAUGAAAUCUGUGAUGGAGCAAGCACAUCAGAUAUAAGUUGAUUACUUUUUAAUUUGAGAUGCAUCACAUUCCCCCACUUUGUUGUUUUAAUUCCUUAACUUUCUUUCAUUUUAUUAUUUAUUAUUGUAUAUAAAUAUAUAUAUACAAAUCUAUUUAUACCUGUUGGUUAUUUUUUCUUAAAUAAAAUAAAAACAAGGCAAUUAAAAUUUAAACAA